CAUAAAUUGCAUACCCGGGUUUUUUCACAAAGCCACUUGGUCUCGCAGUACCGCCUUCUGCAGUAAGAGUACAGGAAACAAUGGCCGCAGUGGAUCAAUCAGACAUUGCUGUGGAACAUGUUGCCAUGGUGACAUCAGAUUCUGGGUUCAUGCAUGAUAGAGAUCAUGAGCAUAUUAGGGAACAGUACCCAAGACCAUCAAGUUGGCAGAGAACACCGCUGGAAUCGAGUAGUUCAGGGCCUGAAGUUGGUUGUUCGCGCAUCUGGAGUCGAGUCUUGGACCGAGUGUUCGACAACUCAGAUAGGCGACAGUAUGGCAUGGGAGUUGUGGGGCGCUUAUUUGGACGUUCCAUAAAGCGUUCUGUGACAGACAGGAAAGCUGUGAAGGAGCAGCUGGACGAUAUUGAGGACCACCGCCCAUUCUUCACAUAUUGGAUUACGACAGUACAAGUCCUGAUUCUCAUCAUAUCACUGGCAUGCUAUGGGCUAGGACCUGUUGGAAUUGACCUGAACCAUCGAUCAGGACAGGUUCUGGUAACGAGUCUUUCUCUACAGCAGGUGGACUAUCAGGAACCAGCAAAUUUCUGGAUUGGACCAAGAGCCGCGGACUUAAUACAUCUUGGGGCCAAGUUCGCACCGUGCAUGCGGAAAGAUGCAAAAAUCAUCAGAGAGAUAGAGAAGGGAAGAGAAAAGGAGCGUGAGACAGCAUGCUGCAUCCGUAACGAUGAUUCAGGCUGUGUGCAGUCCUCCCAGGCCGAUUGCUCAGUGCGGGGACUAAGACCAAUGAAAAUAAUAUCUACAUGGAAAAAAUGGUCAGCUGGAGAUUCGGGGCCUGGGGGGAGAAUAUCUGGAUCUGUUUGUGGACUUGAUCCUAAGUUCUGUGAAGCACCUGCAUCAGUUGCACCUUAUGAAUGGCCUGAUGACAUCACCAAGUGGCCAAUUUGUCGCAAGACCAAUUCCAUCUCUCAGCAGCGUUUCCGCUACAAAGACAAAAUGGCAGAGCACAUGGUGUGUGAAGUGAUUGGCCACCCUUGCUGUAUUGGUAUCCAUGGCAUGUGUCGCAUAACCACCAAGGAGUACUGCGAUUUUGUCAGGGGCUACUUUCAUGAGGAGGCUUCCCUUUGUUCUCAGGUAUCUUGUCUGGAUGAUGUCUGUGGGAUGAUUCCUUUCUAUUCACCUGAAAUCCCUGACCAGUUCUACCGACUCUGGACUUCACUGUUCCUUCAUGCUGGAAUAUUCCAGUUGUUUAUCACACUGUUGAUACAGUAUUUCCUGAUGAGAGACCUUGAGAAACUGACAGGGCCACUGAGAAUUGCCAUCAUCUACAUGGGUUCAGGAGUAGCUGGCAAUCUUGCCAGUGUUAUUUUUGUACCCUACCGUGCUGAUGUGGGUCCUGCAGGGGCACAGUUUGGUCUGCUGGCCUGCCUUAUUGUGGAGGUGCUGAAUGUAAGGCCCAUGCUGAAGCACCCAAACCAAGCAUUGGUGAAACUGUUAGCCAUCACAUUGGUGCUACUCCUCUUUGGUCUUCUUCCUUGGAUAGACAAUUAUGCCCACCUGUUUGGUUUUAUUUUUGGUUUUCUUUUAUCCUACGCUCUCAUGCCAUAUGUCUCCUUCGGCCACUAUGACCGCCAUAAGAAGAUAGCUCUUAUCUGGGUAUGUCUUCUCUCUUCCUUUUUCCUCUUUGUUGCCUUGGUCAUCCUGUUCUAUGUGAUUCCUGUGUAUGACUGUGAGGUUUGCAACAUCUUCAACUGCCUCCCACUCACACGGGAUUUCUGCGCCAGUCAGAAUAUCAAUUUCAAGAGGGAAGAACCUGUGGUAUGACGAAAGUGGGUACGGUUGGUUGGAACCGUAUGUGUAAUAAACUUCGGUGCAUUUGCAGCAGCAGUGGAUAGUAACGGUCUUGCUCGAAUAGUGACAAAGCUGGUUCAAGCAAGAACUGUGUGUCCUGUCAAACUCUGGCUGCACUGGAAAUGGGAUCUGUUUAAAAAGUUCUCUCGCAUGCUACCCAUGCUUUUUAUGGAAACCACACAGUUUUGGACGUGGACUACAAACUUAAAAUACACAUAAUUUUUUUAAGUAAAGGUACUACGUAUGUGUCAGUUUUUCGUCAAGAUUCGUAAUGGAUGGUCAUCGUAUUCUAAGCAACUGUUGUAUAUAAAUUUGUUUUGUGGACCAAUAAUUGCUGAGCUCCACUCGAAAGUGAUAAAAAUAAAUGGCAGCUGAAACCUAUACAAAAUAUUGUAAAUACAUUACAUGUCUCUGUUUUCCUUUGAAUUUCAUCAUGCGAUAAGAGGAAUUGGAAGUGGGAGCUUGUGUGCAGUAACUGUGUGAAGAAAAUGUUUUUGUUUAAACUUUAGUUUCCUUUGAAAACACAAAAAGGUAAAUAGAAACGAAGGAAG